UUCAAACUUCAUCAUGAAAGCAAUGCGAACCUUUAUGGAAAGAAACAAGGGGAAUAAGGACUAUGGAACUGUCCAGGAUCCCCGAGGAUACAUCAUGGAUUCUCUUUUUGAUAUAUCUAAAGACCAAUCGAAUGAGAAGCUCAACAAAGCCACUAAGUAUCUCAGAAACUUAUCCUUCGAUGCUCAUGAUAAAAAUAAUUUAUUAGACCAGAUAGAAGAAGCUGAGAUUAGCUACGAUCUUUUUCAACGAAAACUUGAUAAGCAAGAAUCCUUCAAGCUUGCUAAACAGGCUAAAAAGGCAAAAUACUGUCGCAAAAGAAUAGUUGUCCCCCAGGGAAAUUUUAAUAAAAUUGAUCCUUACGAAAGGAAUAUUUUGGACAAAUUGCAAAAGAAGCAGCAUAUUAUUCUUAAAGAUAUCAAAUUCACUGAUGAUAUCUACUAUAAUUACACAAAGAGACAAUUAUACAACAAGAAACAAAUUCUGGACAAGCAGAAAUUUCUCAAAGACAUCGAAGAAAUCAGACUUAGUGUCACCAGAAAUAGAGAAAGAGUCUGCAAGCAAAAGGCUGCUAAGAAGAAGGAGGAUGGCCAAGACAGAAAUGAUAGCUGUGAAAAAAAUCAUAAGUCUAGCAAUAUUUCAUCGAUAAAAAAUUCUAGUAUUUUUGAACACAAUGAGAAUACCAUCAACAGACAAAUUCAAGAGAACAAUAGAAGAAACAUUCCUUCGGCUCAUAAAAUUGGAGAUGUCCAACUUGGAAGUGGAGUUAACUCGAAGCAGAGAAGGACCACCUCGCCUAAUAGGAACUCUUCUAUUUUAAAAUAAACACCAGAGAGGAGAUCCCAAGCAUAACUUAAGUGAGAGUAACCAAGAUAUUAGCAACAUGAGGGGAAGCAAGAAUUUUAUUCGGAGGAAUAAACUUCAGGUUCUUCUCAAAAAUAGGCUGAUAAACUCUACUAACCAGAAGGUUAGAGCCAAGACUACUAAGACUUUCAGAAGAGCGAAUAAGUCAGGACUUGUCAAACCCUUUGCUAAUACUCAGAGGAAUUCACAGAUUAAGUCAGCUAUCCCUGACUCUUUAAGAAGUUUAAAGAAAGAAGGAAAGACGAUGAACAUGACUCAUGAUGACUUAGGUUUUCCUAAAAAGCAGAAGCUGUUUACUAUCCUUGAGCCAAAUUUUAAUAAAAAUUCUAGGAUGAACUCGAGUCUAAGCCUGAGUAAAACAUGAGAGCAUCCUGAUGAUAAUCUUCAGCGAAGCUCUAGAAAAGGUCCUGUUUCAUUUUACAAAUCUAAGACUCACAAAGCCAAGAAAUUGAGAAGUAAAAUUUAUUCGAUCUAUAAGGCUUGAGAUGAUGCUACCACUCAAGGCAAGGAGGAUAUGAAAAUACUGCUUUUUGAGCGGUUUCAGAAUAAUAUCAGAAGGAAAGAAUUCUGAAAGACUUUAUCAUUAAUGGAAACUUUGAAUUUUGCUACUACAAAUUCAUUCAAAACCAUGCAUGAUUACAUGAAAGAGGACCAUGACCAGAUCAUUCAAAACCAGCUAUCAAUCAUGGAAGAUUACAACACUGGGAAGGGAGACCCAUCCAGAAUUGUGGCAAGGAUCGAGAGAGCAACAAAGACACAUAAGAAUUGGUCAAAGAAAAAGACUAGGUGUUACUAAGCCAACUUCAAC